CACACACACUCACACUCACCAAGAGAGACCGAGUCAUGAGCAUCACCGCCGUGAACGCUCCGACGCACGCGGACGUGCGCUACUUCGACAACUCGUGGCUGCAGAUCGGCCAGGACCUGCGCACGCAGCGCUGGAAGAACGUGGUCACCAUCGACCGCAUGCUGCUCCACCACCGCCCGCACGAGGUGCUCACGCACGUGGAGCAGAACACCAACUGGAGCGCCAAGACCUUCACGCUCGCGCUCAAGGUGGAGCGCAUCCUCUUCGAGGCCGCGGCCUCGCGCGAGAGCUACCUGGACGAGAAGACGCUGCGCGCGCGCGUGGCGCAGGUCUCGCGCCGACUCAUCGAGCUGCGCAAGCGCAAGAACAUGGCCAAGUUCGGCCUGCGGUUGCCUCGCCACGUCCCCGUGGCGAAGCGCGCGCGGCAGUGAGCUCAGGACUCAACCAAGGACCAAACCACCGCCUCUAGGGCAUUGUACAAGUAUAAGUUAGGUAUCGACUAGUGUAUUCUUCUGCUGCACGACAGCUAAAAUAAAUGAACGAUUCAUAAAAU